AUGGCCAUGCUCGUCCAGUACCCAGCCCCCAUGCCCCGCCAGGGCAUCCUCCUCAACCCCUCUCCCGCUGCCUCUCCCGCCUUCCAUCCAGCGUCCCUCCCCGCCCUCGUCCCCUCCAACUCCUCCCUCUCCUCCUCCGCCUCCUCCUCUGCCCCCGGCGAGUCUUCCGACUAUUUCGCAAAGUCCGCAUCUCCCUCUCCUGGGCCCUCACAUCCCCGCGACCCGAAACGCGCUUCCCACUCCAAGGCCCGCGCCGGCUCCAACCCGAGCACCGUCCGCCGGAUACGCUUCGCCCCCCUCCCCGAGCCUCGCCGCGACGAAGAGGAGGACGGGCCAUAUCCCCCCGUCUUCCUCGACGACGACGACGCCGCCGAGCAGCUCGCCAUGUUCUCAGCGCUUCCCUCCGUGAGCACGUCACUCGACCCCAAAUCCCCCGUCGGUGCGACCUCGAGUCCCCGGAUAUGCCGUCGGCCCCUCGCCCCCGACUCCCUCCUCCUCGACCCCUCGAGCCCAAAUCCGGACGCCUGCAGCCCCGCGACCCCUACCGCCGCCCAGCUCGCCGACCCGGCCCACGACGCCGUCCCCCUCUCGCCUUUGACACCCCUCGCCACCGCCGCCGCCGCCCCUCUCCCCGACUCGCCGCGCCGCGGACGGUGGUCCAAGAUGCUCAAACCGCUCCUCGGCCGCAGCACGCCCAAGUCGCCCUCGUUCUUCCCGCGCACGUCCUCGAUCGACUCCACCGCGUCGCUCGACCUCCCGCGCGGGCGCGGCGGCGCCGUCGUGUCCGCCGCGAGCUCGCGCGACUCCUCAAUUUCGCGCGAGGGCGCGCACGAGGCCCGCCGGAACUCGGACUUUGGUGCGCCCCUGCACCGCUGGACGUCCGAGGGCGCUGCGGGCGCGGGCGUGGGUCUCCCGCUCAGCAAGAAGAAGCGGCUCAUGCUCUUCGGCGGGGGCGGGAGCGGGAGCGGGGGCGUGCCGCUCGAGCGCACCCAGAGCCUGACGUCGCUCUCGGGCAAGGAGAGGAACAAGCCCGCGCCGAGGGCGGCGGGGGCGGCCGCGCCUGCGAACGGCGCGCGGAAGCAGACGCGGAUGCUCAACGGCCGGGUGUACGGCGCGAAGAGGAGAAAGUCGACGGCGAACCCGUUCGACAACGUUAGGACCGACGAGCCCGAGUUUGUGGAAUGGGGCUACGGCGGUAUGGGCUCUGUGAAGAGCGCCGGCCAGCAUGCGAUGUGGUCCCGCCUCCAGGCCGGUAACGACGCGGCCGGGGUGGCGAGGACGGACGCCGAUGAAGACGACGGGACCGGUAUGACGUGGGUGAAGAAGCGGAAGGAGCAGCGUGAGCGCGAGAAGAGGGAGCGUGAGGAGCGCGAGAAGGCUGAAGCGGAGGCGAAGGCGAAGGCGGAGGAGAGUGCGGCGAAUGGGGAGGAGGAGCCGGCAGCUGAGGUGGCCGAGGCCGUAGGGGAGGAGACGACGCAGCCGGAGCCCGUCCAGGAGGUCGAACCCACCGUGCUCGCGCCCAUCGCCGAGGUCUCAAUAGAGCAGACCGCGUCUUCCCCAACCCCUGGCACCCCCGUCGCAGUCGACGGCUCGAAGCCCGCUCCCGCCACGAGCGAACACAUCACCACGGCCGUUGCGAUCCCCGCCCCCUCCCCUCACCGCCACCACCACGCGCACUCGAAUAGCCAGACCUUCAUUCACCCCGGUGUUGAGCGUCGUGAGAGCGCCGAGGCUGCGCGUGCCGCUCCUGUUGUCACUCCAGGAGCGAAGGGCGAGGUCUCUGUUCCUGUUGCCGAGAAGGCGCAUCCGCCCGAUACGGAGGAGAGCAGUGCAAACAACACCAGUGAUGACGAAGACAGCGAGGGCAGCCCUAAGGAAACCGAUGGCGAGUCUGGUCAGGAGGACGACGACGACGAUGAGGAUGAUGAGGAGCAGCGCCGCCCCACGGCGACCAGCGCGGGGAUUGAGAAGUUCGCAAGACAUCACAAGGAGGACCAGAGUGCGGCUGGCACUCCCGCGGCGGAGCCUUCGAGCUAA